AUGUUUGUCCGCGUCAAAAUCAGCAAGACCGUGCAAAGGGGUGUUGCAAACCCUGUUUGCAGUCGUCAGAUCGGCUCCUUUAUUCGCAGUGUGCUCUGCAUGGACCCACCGCCUUCUCCUGAUGAUCCUACACCAGAAAACAGAUUCCAUCCGUGGGACCAGUCGCCCUCGCCGGACUUAAGAAUGCGGGCUGCCACCAUCCGGGCAAAGGCCAAAUGUCCCGUCACAAACAAAGAUAUCAAUUACACCUGUCCAUACUCGGGUAUCCCCACGCAUCACUCCAGAGAGGCGUGGGAGCAAGACACCGACUACCACGAUUCCAAAAGGUACGAAAUCUUGAAAAAAGUCAACAUUUAUGAGCACGACCUGAGAUCCGGAAGACAGUUCCCGGAGUUUGAUUUCCCGUCGCAGCAACCGCAAGACACCCUCGUCAACUUUGCUAGCUGGGAUACGUACUUGUACACGAGACGCUUCUAUUCCAUGGACACAGAGUUCCAGCUGGCUGUCGUGACCAAGAUGUUGAGCUUCCCGUCCACCAUAGCGUCCAUCGUGCAUCAGUACUCCCCGUACUUCCUAAAGCCCAAGGGUCCUGUUUCCGUCGAAGGUCUCAAGAGUCUGGCCGCUUUGAGAUACACUCUGUAUCCAGACACAAGAGUUUCGUCGCUGAAGGACCGUCCUAUACGGAUUUUCCUGCUGAACUCGAAGUCCGAGUCCAUGUUGCCCGGGUUCGUGUGGAAAGAGCUGACAUAUUUAUUCCCCGGUAUUUCUUUCGAGCUGCAUUUCAUUGGUCCAGAAUCUUACUACGAUAGGGAAAAGAAGCAGUAUCUUGUUUCCGAGAGACCGAUAGUCAAGCGAGUCGACGACACAAUAUGUUUCUACUACCACACACACGACUUCAACGUGCUACACGAGGCCCAGGACUUUUUCCCUUACGAUCCAUACCUCGACGUGUUUUUCUGCUUCCAUCCGAGAAUGGGCUCAGGAGUUUGCACCGAGCUGUGGGAGAAGAGCAUUCCGGGUCUUCUUGACUCCAAGUGCGGUGUGUUUGUGACAGGCUACCACGCCAACGACAUACAGAAAGACUACGACUGGCUCGUCCAGAACUACUCCGACGACAUGGACAUUCUGAUGGACAUCGUUCCGAACGUGUUUGGAUCCACGAAAUGGGAGCUCAACGACUACAAUCCGCAUGAGGUGUUUCAAUAUAACCAGCAGACCUUCGGGUUCCGUGGAAAAAGAUAUCAUGCCAUCAACCAAGACUAA